AUGGAACACAACACGCGCUCCGAUUGGUCGAGCGCGUCGCUGGCGUUCGACCAAUGGGAUCGAGCGACGUUGCGCGCCUACGAACGGAGUGCAAAGAUGGCGGCGCCCUGUUGUCGUCUUUGGCCGUGGCUUCGCUGGAGGCCGAGUGGGGGGCUGCUGGUCAGGGCGGGGGCCCCGGCUCCCCCCGCCCGGCGCCUGGUGCACGGGGACGGGCGCAACGUGCCCCGCCGGGCGGUGCUCUACGUGCCGGGAGACGAUGAGAGGAAGCUGCGCAAGCUGCCAACGCUCGGCGCCGACUGCGCCGUCAUGGACUGCGAGGACGGAGUGGCGCAGAACAGAAAGGACGUGGCGCGUGACACGGUUGUGCGCAUGCUCAGCGAGCUGAGCCUGGGCCGCACCGAGCCCAGCGUCCGCAUCAACGCCGUCGCCAGCGGCCUCGCCGAUGACGACCUCCGCGCCUUGCUGGGGGGGCCGGUGCUGCCCCCCACCAUCCUCCUGCCCAAGGUGGACUCGGUGGACGACAUCCGAUGGUUUGCCGAGCACUUUGAGAAGGCAGUGGCGGAACGAGAGCUGCCCGCACCGAUUAACCUCAUCACGUUCGUGGAGAGCGCCGUGGGACUGCUUGACCUCAGGGAGAUCUGCUGUGCGGCGAUCUCCGUGGGGGAGCGCGUGGGACUGACUCUCGCCGGCAUCGUCUUCGGAUCCGACGACUUCUGUGCCAGCAUCGGGGCGACGCGCACGUCCGACGCGCGUGAGCUGCUGUACGCGCGCCAGCACGUGGUGGUGGUGGCGCGGGCGCUGGGCCUGCAGGCCGUAGACAUGGUGCACAUCGACUUCCGCGACCCCGAGGGGCUGGCGCGGCACGCACGCGACGGCGCCCUCAUGGGCUUCACCGGCAAGCAGGUGAUCCACCCGAGCCAGGUGGCUGUGGUGCAGCGCGAGUUCUCUCCCAGCGCCGCGCGCCUGCAGUGGGCGUCGGAGCUGGUGCACGCCUUCUCUCAGCACCAGCAGCAGGGCAAGGGUGCGUUCACCUUCCAGGGCAGCAUGAUCGACAUGCCACUGCUGCGCCAGGCACGGAACAUCCUCGCCAUGGCCGCCUCCACCUCGCGAUCGUAGUCCCCACCACGCACGCACUCGCACGCACACACACGCACACAUACAUUCGAAUGCAGACAACAACAACAACCGCCAUUCGCCACUAAGUGGCGGUGACGUCACCACGGCGCUUGUGCCAGGCACACACACGCACACACACGCACACACCUGCGCACACACCCGCACACACCCGCACACACACACACACAGGCACACACACGCACACACACGCACACACGCACACACACGCACACACCUGCGCACACACCCGCACACACCCGCACACACGCACACACACGCACACACACGCACACACCUGCACACACACGCACACACCUGCGCACACACCCGCACACACCCGCACACACACAGUAUAUGUCCGCCUCUGCUACAAGCGUUGCAGAAGCGUGCACACGAAAGGGAGAACCCGUUGCAUGCAACCAAGUUGCGCAACCGAUGGGCUCAGGUGUUGUGCAGCCUGGCUGAACAUGUGGACCCCCCCCCCCUCACCCCGUCAUGGGAAUGUGGAGUUGACCCAAACCGACCGAGGCUUUUGGGACAAAACGCGCGACGUGGUGUGUUGGAUGCCCGACAACAACCUAACGCUUUCGGAAACUGUGUCAAAUCUUAUCGCGAAAUACCAUUUACAUACCUCUUCUUGGUUCUUUCGGUAAAGUCACGUAGAGGGGAAAUAAUAAAAGAAUAAAAAUAGAACAUGUUUAAUUUAAAA